AUGAAUAUUGAUAAAUUCUGUGUUGUCUCCUCAGGAGUACUGAAGGACUACCUGCGAGAGCUUCCCUACCCUCUGAUCACCAAGCAGCUGUACGAAGCCGUGUUAGAGUCCAUGGCCACGAGGCCGCUGCGUAUCGGGCCAGGGGGCUGCGAGAACGACCAGGCCGACUCGGAGCACACCGUCAGCCUGCUGGAGAACCUGCCGGAGGUGGAGAGGGUGACGCUGCGGAAGCUUCUCAACCACCUGAAGCUGGUGGCGUCGCACCAGGACGUGAACAAGAUGACGUGUCAGAACCUGGCGGUGUGUUUCGGCCCAGUGCUGCUCAGCCAGCGUCAGGAGGCGUCGUGCCACACCAACCGAGUCUUCAUCGACUCCGAGGAGCUGGCGAGCGCGCUGCACUUCAAGAAGCACAUCGAGGUCCUGCACUACCUGCUGCAGCUGUGGCCAGGUGAUUCCAUUUUCAAGUUCUACCCACAGACUGUGUAAAGCUGGACGACAUGAGUGCU